AUGGAAUACCGGGCUGCUGAGGCUUGGCCCCCACGCCGCGGUAAGGGUGCGUUCAUCUGCGCGGCCGUCCGAGCAGAUUACUGCCUGGAGAAGUAUUUGCAUUUUAACUGCCUCUUCACCAUGCUUGGAAGCUUCCAGCGUGGUUUCCCUUUCCUGUUUUACCUUGUCAUCCGGUGCCAUGCCCGCUUUACACCCACGAUUCUUAGACAUCUCGGACGUAAUCUCGCUGUCUUCACUCGCCAGAGCCUCCAAAAAGAAAUGGCCGUCCUCGACUGCUGUCUUCGGGACACAGGUGAUUUGGAGAAGCCCGAGCUCCAGCCCUACCCUGACAUCUCGGGGAUAGGAGUUAGUGUUCACAGCUCCCUCCACCCCCCAGUCCAGCCAGCCAUCCAAACUGACUAUGUCUGUCAGGUUAUUGUCGCGUUCGUUGGAACAGCGUUCAUCGCUCUGUUUCUCCUGAUCUGCAACUAUCUGAUCUCUUACGACCCAAGCUCCAACCCCUUCUCCACGCCCCUCGAAGAUGCCCUGGAAGACCAGUGCACGCAUUGUGGACACGGAGCCCCAACACUCCCAGUUUCCACGACGAGAACGGGAAACAAGAAGAAUGACGCCGACUGGUGGCGUCCAAAUCCCAUCGACACCAUGUUCCUCCAGUGGGUUCGCCGCGUCGUCCACAAAGGAUUGCCCUUCCUAGCUCGGCUCUCAUCCCGGCGUAUUAGUGAUGCCUUUGUCGAGUGCAUCAUCCUGGCCAGCGACACCCAACUGCUCACUGGAAUAGCAAUUCUUACCAGCGGUUUCUUGUCUCUCGGAUGUGGCUCGGGCCCAAAUAUCUCGGCGUACCACUGGCAGAUGGUAGUCCACCUCGCCUGGUUCGCGAUGGCCACCCACCUGGCUAGCCUCUCGGUCCUGCGCAGCUACUUGCGCCGCCACCCGCACCGGCGCCUUUUCAGGUUCCUGCUCACCCUGCUGCUACUUGUACUGCUGCUGGUAGCAGCGGUGCCCACAGUGUUCUUCAACUGGAGGGAGAGGUACUUCGAAGCAACCAGCGGCAGAGAAGAGAUGGAAUUUACCUUGAGCGCGGCAAACGCUUCUUCUCCAGCCGUCUGCUUCUUCAAUAUUGGGCCCAGUCGGUCAAAGUUCAGCCAGAUAAAAGACCACUAUAUGCGGACCCUCAGAGAUCCUGAAUCAAUCUCCCGGUACUCCGAAUUUCCCUCCUACCGGGUGCUGUCGCUGGCCGGGGGGCUUCCGAACCUUCAGGACACGCCGGCGUUCCAGGGAACCGUCUUUUCCACAGCUAUCCUUCUCGUCGCAUUCUUUAACAGAACCGUGAAACUAUUUCGACCCCUCUCCUUUGUGCUUUACUUAAGCCUCCGACCUAUUGUGGGCACCAGCGCACAAGAUGCUUGUUCAAGAUGGCUGGAGUGGACCAUGCCUACCAAAUCCAAGCUUGUUAGGGCUCACUUGUGGCGGUCCCUGAUAUUUCGACCUUCUGUGGCUCUUCUGGUCUCUGCUCGCAUGCUGGUUGAUCUUGCGACAUCACAACUGAUCAAUGUAAGGACACUGAUUCCAGUUCGCGCCGCGAGCAUCGAGGAGUAA